CCAAGAUGGCGUCGUGGCUGCCGGAGACUCUGUUCGAAAUUGUAGGACAAGGCCCGGCGCCAAGCAAAGACUAUUACCAGUUAUUGGUCACCCGGUCCCAGGUAAUCUUUAGAUGGUGGAAGAUCUCUCUGAGGAGUGAGUAUAGAUCAACAAAACCUGGAGAAACAAAAGAAACUCAUGAAGACUUCCUAGAGAACUCACAUCUUCAGGUUCAAAUUGCCUUAAUAUUUGGUGCAAGAAUAUUAGACUAUGUCUUCAAUUUAUGCGAAGGUAAAUUUGACUUCCUUGAAUGGCUCUCAGACGAUUUGCUCCUGAGUAUCCUUUCUUAUCUGGAUCUUGAAGACAUUGCCAGGCUUUCUCAAACAUCACGCAGGUUUGCAAAGUUGUGCACGUCAGACAAACUGUGGGAGCAGAUCGUCCAGUCUGCCUGUGACCACAUCACCCCAGACAUGAGAGCCUUGGCUCAGGAUAUGGGCUGGAGACAGAUGUUCUUCACCAACAAGCUGCAGCUCCAGCGGCGCCUCCGCAAGAGGAUACAACGACAAGGAAGCCAGAGGAGCAGUGAGCUCUAGGGUCACACGUUCCUACCUGCAGGAGAGUUGAGGCACGGCUGUGUUUUCCAUCUGUGUCCAAACCUCUUCUGCUGCCUUUGAUUAAGAACUAAGGUUUUGUUGGUUCAAGGAGCCAUAGGGUACUUGCACACAAAUGCAGCACACUGCCUCUGCUGGGCUUUGCCCGAACCACGGUCCCCGCCACAGGGAGGCUCAGGUCAUGGCCCCAGCACAGGGGCAGCAGGACAGGAGGCACCCAUGCCCUGCCACCCAUAAGAAAAGAGGCUUCUGCUGUAUGGUAACAAACAGUAAAUGAUUAUUAGCAGGUUUUUAUUACCUAUGUAUUUUAUCUAGGCGUUGGAAAGGGGAACAUGGCUUUUGAAUUUUUUCCUGCUGUCUGUCAUCUGAGUCCAUCCAUGAGUAGGUGGCUGCGUGUCCCCUUAGGGAACUGUGAGGGGACAGGGGCAGCAGGAGACACCCCUGCUGAGUGCAGCUGCCUUCCUGACUCUGCUCCGCUAAGAUGGUAUUCAGGUCCCCCACCCUCGGGACCCGGGAUGCCAGGCUCCAUCCCCCAACGUGGCCAGCCUCUGACCUGGCCCUGGGACAUGGCUGGAGAGAAUUCUAGACAUUCUGCUUGCAGACCUCGUGCAGAGUCCAACUUCCCAGGACUUUACGUUGUCAAAUAAACCCAUAAAUAUUUCUAAGAGAGGUGCGGUUUCCCCAAAGAAAUGUGGACAGGUACCGCUGUUAUAACAGGGAUUUUUGGGGGGGAGGGUGUUUGAUUUUUAUUUUAUAAAAAUUUUAUAUAAAAUUUUAUUGUAUAAAAAUUUUUAUACAAUUUUUAAAGGUUACUUUCCACUUACAGUUGUUACAAAAUAUUGGCUAUAUUCCCUGUGUGGUACAGUACAUCCUCGAGCCUAUUUUAUACCCGAUCGUUUGUACCUCCUUCUCCCCGACCCCUGUAUUGUGCCCCCGUCUCCCUCUCCCCACUGGUAACCACUAGUUUGUUCUCUAGAUCUGUGAGUCUGCUUCUUUUUUGGUUAUAUUCACCAGUUUGUUGUAUUUUUUAGAUUCCACAUGUGAGUACAACAGGGAGUUUUAGAAACACAGGAUGUGGGUAACUGAGUGAAAACCCAAGGACAUUUUGUAUUCUGUUAAGCUGGCAGAGGGGCAAAAGCGGUACAGUUUUAGGGGAGAAAAUUCUACCUCCCUGAGGUGGGUUAUUUAACAAUUGUUUUCCUCCUACUUUCUCAUGGCAAUUAAGUACCCAGACAAGGCGCUCACAGCAGCAAAUAGUCUCCUGACUCCUUUUAGGCUACAGAACAAAGUAGCUCUCAACCUCCCAUCACCUUAUCAACGCUAUGAGCUCUUCCUGCCUGCAACCUCCACUUCGCUACAUAGAAAAAUAAUGCCCCCCCAACCCCGCGCUCGCCUCCCGCCAGAGGAACUAACUGUGAUGCCCUGGAAUCUCCCAAAUGGUGGGGAAGAAGGGGACUCUGGCUGUUCUCCCCCUGUCACUCCUGGAACAGCUCCAUAGCCAUAGCUUAAUGACAGAUUCUUUCUUUUCUGUUUUACUAAACCUGGAUUCAUAUCAGACCAGACUUUAACCCCCAUCCACACACCCUUAACACUCAGUCUUGGAUUUCUGUGAAAUCAAACGCAGUCUCCUUCCUGGCAGAUGAAGAGCCUGUCGAAGUUGUGUCUGGUGGCUGGCAGGCAGGCGGAGGGCCCGUGCUUCUGUGCGGCUCCUGCUGCCUUGUUUCGCCUGGAAGUUCCAGACUUCACUCCUGGCCGGGUUUUCAGUGACAGGUUAAUACCACGUGUAUACGGCAGCUGUGUGUGUGUGUGCACAGCAUAACUGCGUAAAUACCAAGUUACAACCCAUUUGUAACAUCGAUGCAAAAUGCCAACAGCUUAAAAAUUUCAUGUGUAAUGUUUUAUCAACUGAGUUCUGAAAGCUUAUGGGCAUGUAUAAUAAUCUAGAUUCAACGUGAAUCAGUAAGAACACAUAUAUGGCCAUUUGAGAACUUACUAUCUAUAUGAAAGAUAAUAAGAUAAAUAUAGAUGCUAAAAGCUAAAUAAUUAAAAAUGAGUUGUUAAUAUGUUGGCUACUUUAAAGUAAUAGUUAAAUAGUUAGAUUAUUUCAAUAAUUAUUUGUCCUCAUAAUUUGAGUGCCUUAUUAGCUUAUUAUAAUUAUUUUUACUAAAAUAGGAGCAGUAUCAUCAACCUAAAAUCCUGCAAGGCACCAGCACCCUCCGUGGUCUAUCAUUUUGCCUCUCUCUCCCGCCUCAAUCGGGAGGCGAUGAUGGUUUGCCUCUCUGCCUCUGUUGACAGCUUUCAUGUGGACGGAUAAAUCUGCUUUGUUCAUGACCUAUUUCAGAGUAAAAUGUCACAGCAUUUUAUACUUUUGCCUUCUCUCAUCUCUUCACUCAAAAGCGUUUCUACUCGGCUCUC